CUUUUCACUGAUAAAUUCGAUUAAUGCUGAAGUUAAGAAUAGAUGAGGUUGGCAUGACUGAUUCUACAAAAGGUUCAGCUGGUGUGUGGACUGAGUGAUGUUUUGUUGGUCUGGUUUGCUCCUGCCAAGCAAAAUCCACUUAUUGUUAGCCAAUAUUAUUGAACUCAUACUUAGACGACCCAGAAAUAAAUGAGAGCACAAAAUGUCACUCAGGACAGAAGUGAUAAACCUGUACAAAACGUUGCUGCACCUAGGCAAGGACUAUCCUCAAGGCUUUGAAUACUUUCGUCGGAGGUUGAAAAACGCGUUCCUCAAGAACAGAGACGAGACGGACCCAGAUAAGAUUAGGAUCAUGAUCGCCCGCGGAGACUUUGUGGUCAAAGAAAUUGAAGCGCUCUACAUGCUAAGGAAGUAUCGCACAAUGAAGAACAGGUACUACUCGGAGUCCAACAAGGACAAGGCUGUGCAAGCUCCUGGACAAGGUCCAGACGCGGCUACUUAACUAUAGCUAUAGUUGUCCGAAAUUGAAUACGCAACUCUUUUGAGUUUAUGCCAUUAUAUAGAACUGACGAUUUAUUGCUGUUGAUAUGAUAUUUAACGAGUAAUGAAAUAAAAUAAGAUAUUUUGCUCUAUA